AUGGCGUCGCAGGAGGGUGCUCAUGCAAAGGUGCCGCUGCAGUGGCAGUCUGGCAAAGGGGAGCAACGAACUAGCAGUGGCGGUGGCGGAGGUGUAGGCACGGGCGGCGGCGCUCGGAGGCAACAAUGUGCAAGCGGUGGUUCAAACGGCGUCGGGCAGGUGGGCGUUGGCUUGGCCGAGGGCUGCAACGGCGAUGGUGUCCGGAGCUCUGGCAACCGCGAAAUAGCAGCUGCAGUCGUGGAGUCCCCGGUGUCGCUCGAAGGGUGGUGGCUCAAACGACGGCGUGGAUGGAGGGUGGUGACAACUCGAACGGCGUCUCUAGUCCUACCGGAUCUGACCUCCUCCACACGCGGCGAAGCGGUGGGUGGCGGCGGCGACGGGCUUGACGGCGGCAGCAACGCGGCGAGCGACGACAGCAACGCAGCAUCUGCGAGGACAGGUGGCGACGGUACUGGUGCUGUGACGACGGCAAAGGGAUCGGGUUGCUGGCGGUCGCUACAACAUCGGCGCUGGGUCACGAACAGGGCCGGAGCAGAGGUGAAGGCGAAGUGGCCGGCAGCAUGGAGGCACAAACUGAUGCGAGGCUCACUUGACGGUGGAGCGACGGCCAAUUAA